AUGGGAACCGACAUCUUUUAUGACCGCAAUAAUGCCGUCAGGUUAGCCGCCUUCGGUUGCCGAAUUCUUCUGCUUCUGUUGGAGGAAGAAGAGUCUGACAAGGAAGCAGAGUCUGAGAGAGGUUAUCUCUACAAGGAGCUAGAGGCCCUGACGAGUUUGCAAGAGAAGCUUGUAUUGAACAAGCCAAGGAGCAAGGAAGAGGAAGAUUUCCUCGACGCGGGGUACAUCGGAUUUUGGCCAAUCUGCCUAUCGAGGCAGGUUACUCAUGUCAUAGAUGUCCUCAACCGAAGGGUCGAGGUCAUCGAUAUGAGACCGUGA